AUGACCAAGAUCGUCCUCUCAACGGGCAAUGUCAUGUCCGCCGGCGGCCCGCCGAUUAUUCGCAAAUCGGGCAGCAAUACCAGAUCCAACCUCGAGCUCGUCAGCUCCCUCCGCGACCACUUUGCCGCUGCGCGCCACGACUAUGCGCCCGAGACCAACGGCUCCGAAUCGCCGCCCCGCGCGCCCGUAGACGCAUGGACGGAGCGCAACGGCAAGGCGCUGUACAUUCCGCGCGUCCCCGUCAAGGCGGCUGGCUUGCGCGAGGAGGCGAGCCAGUACGAGAUUACAGUCAAACUCUUCCUGCUCCCGGACACGCCCGUCGCGGAGCGCGAGCGGUACGCGCGGGAGGCGCUUGGGCUGGUGAGCAAGGAGCUCGGCGUGCAGACCAUCGAUCUGCUCGUCAUAUCCUUUCCCGGCAUGUCCUUUGAAGGAAACUGCGAGUGGGAGGCAGACAAAAUCAACGCACAGCAGGGUAACCUGGAAGACCAGCUCGCGACGUGGAAAGUGUUUGAAGAGCUGCACCGGCAAGGCGUCGCCAAGAAGCUCGGCGUAGCCGAGUUUGGCAGCGACCGGCUAGGCGAGUUUAUCAAGAGGACGACGAUCCGCCCAGCCGUCGACCAAAUCAACCUUCGCGAUUGUUGCAACGUACCGCCGCCGCUGAAGAAGCUCGCCGACGAAGCGGGCGUCGAGCUCAACGUGCACAUUGACUGCACGGAUAUCCUGCCGCGCGGGACGCUGCGAGAGCUUCUGGGCCAUGGCCCACAAGGCGCCGGCGUGCUGGCCGAUGCCGCCCACAACGGCGUCGGCCUGCAGGGCGAUAUAUUCCCACAGUGGGUGGUGCGGUACAUGGCCUUUGUUCGCGAUCGAGGAGUCAUCGAAAACAAGGGGUAUUUUGCCGGCGCGGAACUGUCCGAGCACUAG